UCUCACACACAACCUUCAAAACAAAAUAGAGAUUAUUAGCCCACACCAAAACAGGCCAAUAGUUUUGGAAGUCACCUGCUCCGUCCCCGCCUUGUAGAGUAGAACUAGGGUUUUACUUUACCUCUGUCGCGGGAAACCUCACUGUCUCACACACAACCUUCAAAACAAAACAAUACCAUCCACACCAACAACCUAAACGAAAGAUUAAGAUUAAAACUAACAUAAUUAUUAUAGAAAGUAACCACCAAGUAGGCGCAAACAUGACAGAGAAGAAGCGGAAGGAGAGGGACGAAGGCAACCGCCAAAGACUGAAGCCGAAGAAGAAGCCAAACACUCAAUGGAAGAAGAGAGGCCCUCGUUUGCCCUCAUCUCUUCAGAAACAGCUCCACCGUUUAAACCCCACCACUUCCUUCGACAGCGUCGAUUCCGAUGACGACAAUGACGUUUACGAGUACGAGGAAGAACGGGCUGAGGAGGAGUCCAAGAAAAACAAGCGUUACGACCCUGCAUCCGUCGACGAUGACCUUGCUCAAGAUAUUGAGGAUGAGAAUGUGCAAUCUGAUGAUGAAAGUGAGGAUGAUGAUUACACCGGGACAAAGAGGAAUGAAAAUGCUCCAAGUGACGAUUCUGGAGAGGAAGACGAUGAUAGGCAUGCAAGGAUGCUACAAGCAAUUACUGGCAUGCCGAGUGAGGCUUUUGAAGAGAAUAAGAAGAAAAAGAAGGUGAUGAAGGACACUGUUAUACCAGAGCUAUAUCCAGAGUCUGAAUAUAAUCCUAGUCGUGAUGUUGUGGAUGGUGACGGACGCAUUAGCAUAGAAGACCUACUGAAUCCUCUUCGUGAAAAAUCUGGUUAUGGAAAACUUAGGAAGAGAUAUCAACAAAUUGAGAAGAAUGCUAAAAUUAUUCAUGUGCCACUUUCAAAGGCAGUUCAAGCUAAGGUAGAGAGGAAGGCAGCAUAUGAAAUAUCAAAGAAAGAUGUCACCAAGUGGCAGCAUAUUAUUCAGAGAAAUAGAGAGGCCCCAACUAUUUUCUUUGAUGAAAAUGUAAAUUUAGGGUUUUCAACUGUAGGAGCAAUAGCUUCUGAAUUUGAACCCAGAACUGAAUUUGAGAAGAAAAUUGCUGCACUAGUUUAUGAUGAGGAAGUUAUGGAAGCUCAUAAAAAGGAUGGUUCUAAGCUUCUUGAAAUGAACAAGGUCUCUAUUGAAGAUGAGAAGGAUAGGCAAAAUCGGAUUGCUAAAAUGCGGAGCCUUCUUUUUCGUCAUGAAAUGAAGGCAAAGCAUAUUAAAAAGAUUAAGUCUAGAACAUUUCAUCGUUUGUUGAAGAAAGAUAGAUUAAAGGCAGAAGCUUCUCAGAUGCAAAUGGACCCUGAAGCUGCUAAAGAAUAUGCCAUGAAACAAGAGCGUCAAAGGGCUGAGGAACGCAUGACGCUGAAACACAAAAACCAUAAUCCGUGGGCUGCACGUAUUAUCCAGCGUGGUUUACAUAACCAAGAUGAAGGAACUCGUGCUGCCAUACAUGAACAACUUCAAAGGCAUGCUGAAUUGACUAGAAAAAUGAAGUCUAUGAAGGGUAGCAGCAGUAGCAGUGAAGAUAGCAGUGAUGAGGAUGAGGAUGACAACUCUGCUGGUUCUGAUCAGGAUAGGGAUUACAAGAUUUUGGGAAAAGCUAAAGAAAAAACAGUGAAAGUGUUGGAGGAAGAGGAUGAAGUUCCCAAAUCAGGAUUGCUUUCUUUGCCUUUUAUGAGGCGUGGAUUGGAGAAAAGAAAAGAGGCAGCUGUUGAAGAAGCCAACCUUGCUUUCCACGAAUAUGAAGAUUCCUUGAAGAAGUUGGAGAAUACUGGUGGCUCAGAAGAUCUGAAAGCUGCUUCUACCAGUGGCAGAAGAGUAUUUGGAAUGGCUAAAGCCCAGAUGUCUGAUACCAGUAAUAAGGUAAAAUCAGAUAAUUGCUAUGAUGGCAGUGAUAGUGAGGAUGACUUGGGGAUCAGCAAAAGUGGCAAUAUAGAGAAUGAGGGAAGCGACCUUUUGCAUACGGAUGUAAACAAGGAUUUGGUUGUAAUUCAAGAUGACACUGAUACUCACCGGGAAUCAGUUUUUAAGAAUAUUGAUGAGAUUAUUAAAAAUCCUGGGCCAAAAACUACAUAUGAUGUUUCCAUAUUUGUUUCAGAUACAUGGAAAAAGCAGGCAAAAAACAAAAAUGAAGACAUGACUAUCAAGAAGUCUCCGAAGCUUACAGAACUAGAUAUGCAAGCUAUAAAAGUUACUGAAAAGGAAUUUGGAGAGGAUAGUGAUACAGAUUGUGAAGGACAGAUGGUGGAUGGAAUUCUGUCUUCUGUUUCUAAAGUACCUUAUGAACUUCCUUCUCAAGAGGAGCUCAUUCGGCAAGCUUUUGCUGGGGAUGAUGUAGAUGAUGAUUUUGAAAAAGAUAAGCAGGAGAUCCUCAACGAAGAAAAUCCUGAGCCAGAGAAGCCUCUAUUACUUCCUGGCUGGGGCCAGUGGACACAUGUACAGCAAAAGAAAGGUUUACCAUCUUGGAUGCUGAAAAAACAUGAAGAUGCCCAGAAAAAAAGGGCAGAAGCCCUCAAAAAAAGGAAGGAUGCUCAGCUAAAAAAUGUGAUUAUAUCUGAGAAGAUAGACAAGAAGGCUGAGAAACUACAUACUAAAUCAUUGCCAUACCCUUUUACUUCCCAAGAGGUCUUUGAACAGAGCAUGCGUGUGCCCAUCGGACCUGAAUUUAAUCCAGCAACUGCAAUUGGUCCUCUUAACCGGCCGGAAGUGGUGAAGAGACCAGGUGUUAUUAUAAAACCAAUAGAGUUCGAAGAAGUGAAUCCUCAUGAAAAAACAGAGCAACGGAGUGGAGGAGAUAAGCGUAAGUUUAAGAAAAAUAAAGUCAAUGCUGACAAUCCCAUGAAAAAGGGGAAGGUGGGACGAAAAAGUUAAUUGACAGGAGUUUUGGUUCUGUUCCAGUUCUAGAAAUAUUCUCAGUUUUGUCUUUUGGAGAGAAUAAACUGUGCCAGGUUAAAAGAAAAAAGAAUGAAAAAGGAGGAGAAUUUAGUAGGCACGGAGGCUUAUGGCAUGCAAGAAAUUGAAGAAAACAGAAUUUAAGAGCAAGAGUUUUGUUUUUGUGUGGGGGUGGCGGGGGUGUUUCUCCUUUUGCAUUAUCGUUCAGGUUGAAUUAUUCAUUUUUUUUUUGGUGAGUUAUUUAUUCAUUAUUUUCACACCCAACGAAAAUGCUAUUUUUUAAUUUUGUCCCCAAUUGAUAUAAAUAUCCCAAGGAAGUGGAAAAGAGUGUUAUUUAUCUUUGACAGAUUUCUUCUCUUUCUAGAUGCCGUCAGAUUUCAUUGUUUCAUUGUAAUUUUUUAUUUUUUUUUAUAGAUUAUCCCUCUUCUC